AUGAGCGUCCCUCUGGCAAUUGAAGGUAUGGAUGCGUUGGCGUUAGCUCAAGAGGGUGAACGAUUGUGCCGUGAGUACAAUUUCAAAGCUGGCAUAAAGUAUUUGGAACUGGCCCUGGAGAAGAAGAUAGAUCUUGGUGCAGAUAGUGUUGAAGCUGUAUCGGCAAUAUAUUCACAGCUUGGUAAUGCCUAUUUCGGAUUGCGCAAUUUCCAAAAAGCACUGGAGUAUCAUCAACUCGAUUUGAAAGCUGCCAAAUUUCUGAACGAUCGUAAUUCAUUAGCAAGGGCAUAUGGCAAUAUUUCUACUACAUAUAAGACAUUAGGUGAUUUUGAUAGUGCAUAUGAUAACGCGGUGGUUCAUUUGAAGGUGGCUAGAGAGUUGAACGAUAAGGAUUCGGAAGCGCGAGCACUGUUCAAUAUUGGUUCAAUAUAUCAGAGUAGUGCGAAGUCAAGAGUGAAAUCCGUCACAUUUCACCGCAACCCAUCGAGGCCAGUGGCUACUGACAAUCGAAACAUUACGUCCGAUUUACAUAUGGCCAUUGAUUGUUAUUUACAAAACCUGAAGAUUAUCGAAGCAAUGGAUGAUCUUGCAGCGUGUGGUCGUACAUAUGGUAAUAUCGGUAAUAGCUAUUAUAUGCUGGGUGCUUACGAGACUGCAAUCGAAUAUCAUAAUAAGCGACUCGAAAUAGCUCGGCAGUUCGGCGAUCGUGCUGCCAUGAAGCGCGCUUACACAAAUCUUGGUAACGCACAUAUAUUCCUGUCACAGAAUGCAAAAGCCCUCGAAUAUUACAGAUUGGCACUUUCGAUGGCUACUGAAUUAUGUGAUGAGGUUUCUGAAGCGCAGUGUUGUUUCAGCCUUGGCUCUGCGAGCGCUAUAUCCAAAGAUUUUUUAACAGCUGUUGAAUACCACACACGUCAUCUGAAGUUAGCACGGAAAUUAGGCGAUCGUUGUGGAGAGGCACGUGCGUGUUUGGCGCUGGCUGAAGUCUACACUGAGCUAGGACAAAUCAAGAAAGCCAUCUAUUUCUAUAUAUUGAAUAUCCAACUUUCAGUUGAAGUGAGUUCAUCUAAUUUCAAUUAUUCAAUCGAUUUUACUCGAGUUGGUGAUCACUCAAGUGAAGUAAAUACUCGUUUAGCAGUGAGUGAUAUGAUAAAGAAUAUCAACGCGGCAAACGAUGAUAAUAAUGAUACUGUGAAUGACGAAGGUGCAGCAACUGAUAAUAAUGACAGUGAUGACAUCAGUAAAAGGUCAUGUGCGCCAUCAGUAUCUUCGACCCGCAAAGAGUGUCAUUUGGAUGAUAUUAUCGAUUCAUCCGGUGAUCCGUCGCCGCAACCUUUGAAUCGUCUUUCAGUUUCAUUACAGUCUUUGUUGUUCACUGAUCGAAAUACGAAUAAUGAUUGCGGCUUAUCAAGGAAUACAGCUAUAAAUACAUCAACUUCUACACUCAACGACUUGCAAAGGCCAUCCGUAAUAACUUUAGAAGAUGAUUUUUUCGAUAUGUUAACGCGAAUGCAGUCCAAAAGGAUCAAUGAACAGCGUUGUGAUCCAAAUAUUUUGACUGAUCUCACCAAUCGUUCCAAGGGCAUCGCUCGGCAGUCUGACUCUCUUGUGUGCGGUGCAGAAGACAGCACAGAACGUCAGAAAACGAGGAAUCGUUUAUCGGUAAUAUUCGGACGAGUCAGUGAAGCAGCACGUCAUACACUACGGCAAAAAAACCACAAUUCUGCUAAUCAGACUAAGCGAAGCAAGCAUCGUCAACGAACGUUGUCUGCAUCAUCAAGAGUCAUGCUCUUCGAUCCGACAAAGACGUCCACUCCACGCUUAGUACUUGCACCAUUCAGCAAUGAAAAUCAUGCCGCUAAUGGUGACGACUUCUUCAUGAACUCGAAUGUUAGUGCAAAUGAUUCCAUGAAUACAACCGCUCUUCAUAGUCACUCGUUCGUACUAACUCCCGUCACCAAAAAGGAUUUCAAACUGAAGUCGUCAUCGACGAAAUUAUCACGCAGUUUCGAAGACAACUUAGAUAUAUCAUCAUCAUCAUCAUCUCAAUUUGCCACUCAUAAAAGCACUUCGGAAAUACGAACGGACCUUCAUCAAAACCAAACUCGUUUUUCUAAAUCACGUGAAUCUGAGCAAUCAGAAGCAGCAAAUACGGUCACCUCAACCAGUGAGCCCAACACGGGAUCAAAGGAAAUUCUAUUUCGAAGGCCUUUAUUGCCACCAGCAAGAAAACGAGACCAACGCAUUCAAAAUGUGUCAGGCAUGAAUGUCUCUUCAUUUAAUCGCUCCACAACUCAAUCGCAUAACACCCCAUCUGUACCUAAUAAACGUCGCAAUGGUGCCGAAGAUAUGCUGGAUUUGAUAGAGAGUCUUCAAGGACGUCGUAUGGAAGAACAACGAGCACAUCUGAGUGUCAAUGCUGAAUCUGUUUCGGUAUCUGAAAGUGGCACCGACGAACCGAAAGAAACCAGUGAUGAAAUAAGAAAGAGUGAACGGUCGAAAUCGGAAGAUGCACAUAGUCUUUAUGAGAUGUUGUUACGAAGUCAAAGCGAUCGAAUCAAUGAGCAACGCAGCGAAUUGCCGAAUACGAUCCCUGAUGAAGAUAUCUCACAAAUUGUUAUAACGAUGCAAAAAGGACGAAUUGAAACACAACGAGCUCAGCUGAAACCGACAUCUGAAUGA